AUGCCGACAUUAGGAGGAUUGCUGAAAAAGAAAAAGACACACUCGACCGGCUCGAGGGACCUGCCCUCGUCAUCCGCCGAUAACCACAAUCACAAUAAUAACAACAACAAGAAUAAACAAACCUCUGACGCCGACCAGCUCCCGGGCCCGUCCGGCAAGGAUUCCAGCGACAAAACCGAGUCUUCCAACAAGGGCACGCCGUCCGAUACCCCAAUGACCUCCACCGCCCAUCACUCCCCGCCGCCCCCAAACAACUCAACCCAGCAGUACACCCAGGGCAUAGGCAGCAUAAACAGCAUCAUCAACCCGCCGCAGCCGAAUCAACAGCAGCAACAACAACAUGGCGCCGAUUCCGCCGCCAUGCAGGCGCUCUCGCAACAGGCGAACCAGUUCCAGAUCGCAAAGUCACAGCCGCGCCAGACAAAGGGGAAAUAUUCACUAGAAGACUUUACGCUACAACGGACGCUGGGCACUGGCAGUUUCGGCCGCGUGCACUUGGUCCAGUCGAGACAUAACCAUCGCUUCUACGCCGUCAAGGUGUUGAAAAAGGCACAGGUGGUGAAGAUGAAGCAGGUCGAACAUACCAAUGACGAGAGGAGGAUGCUGCAGCGCGUCAAACACCCGUUUCUUGUCACGCUAUGGGGAACAUUCCAGGACUCGAAGAAUUUGUACAUGGUUAUGGACUUUGUGGAAGGAGGGGAGCUGUUUAGCCUGCUCCGUAAGUCACAAAGAUUCCCCAACCCCGUCGCCAAAUUCUACGCUGCAGAGGUGACGCUUGCCUUGGAAUAUUUACAUGCUCAACACAUCAUUUACCGGGAUCUCAAACCCGAGAACCUGCUGCUGGACCGGCAUGGGCAUUUGAAAAUUACCGAUUUCGGAUUUGCAAAGGAAGUACCUGAUAUCACAUGGACCCUUUGCGGAACCCCUGAUUAUCUAGCUCCCGAGGUCGUCUCCUCCAAGGGAUAUAACAAGUCGGUGGACUGGUGGUCAUUAGGCAUUCUCAUUUUCGAGAUGCUCUGCGGCUUCACCCCAUUUUGGGACAGCGGUUCCCCAGUCAAAAUAUACGAGAACAUUUUGCGCGGAAAAAUCAAGUUUCCGCCGUACAUGCACCCUGAUGCCGUCGACCUGCUCUCACAACUCAUCACACCGGACUUAACGAAGCGUCUUGGAAAUCUGCACGGAGGUCCCGAGGAUGUCAAGAGUCAUCCCUGGUUUGCCGAGGUCACGUGGGAUCGGCUGUUGAGAAAGGAUAUCGAUGCGCCAUAUGUGCCUCCGGUCAGAGCUGGACAGGGCGAUGCUAGUCAGUUUGACAAGUACCCGGAGGAGAACGAAGCGUAUGGUGCUCAUGGAGAAGACCCAUAUCACAACCUUUUCACCGAGUUUUAA